AUGGCUCUCAACAACUGCCUGAAAGGAGGUUGUGUUAAGGCAGAGGUUGGCCUCUUCUCCCAGAGGAACAGUGGCAGUGAGGUCAUUGUGGUAACAAGGGGAGCUCACAAUUCUGUGUCCUGCAGGCCAAAAAUACGGGCUGCAGAAGACCCCAAGAAAGAAGUCAGGGAGAAUUCCCCCAUCACCAGGGUGACAGGGUCCCCACUAUGUGCUCAACAAAGGAACUUCUUCCCAGCAUCUUUCCGGAGCAUCAGACCCAUCAGUGUCUGGGGAGCUGGGGGGCUGAGUGGAUCCAAGGAUGGUGAGGGCCCGGCGGGGGCACAGCAGACAGCACAGGGGGCACUCCAGGCGCCUGGGCAGAGUGCCCCCCAGCCGCAGGAACAAGAGGAAUCGGAGGUUUGCCAACACGCCACUGAGCAAGAAAAAAGGGUACACACGCGUCUGUGUCACCUACUACUACUGGAAAAAGAGAUGAACGCUGCUGACUGCCUUUCUACCACCAUGCUCCGCUGGGAAAAACAAAGCCAGUCCUCACAGCAUCAUAAGAACAGGACCAAGAUCAACACCAUCAAUGACAGCAACACCAAGAUCAACAUCGUCUGCAGCCCCUCACCUGUCCACUCAGCCUCAUCAGAGACCACCUCCCAAUAAACUCCCUAAGAUGCAGCCAGAA